AUGAACACAAUCUUGCUUAUCCUUAGAAGACUUCAGUUGGAAGUCGAUCGAGUCAGCACACUCGAUGUCCCUGCUUUCAGAGCGUAUAUCGGUGAUAUUGAACCGCAUAAUCUCGCUCGGCUCUGGAGGACAAUUGAUGACUCCAGGUUUAGACGCAAGCUCUCCGAAGAUAUUGAUGUUAGCAUCGUAUCGAAUGCAUUGGAGAUGCUGCCUUAUGAAUUAAAAGCAGAGUUGUUGAAAUACAUGUCCAACAGACAACGAUUACGGGUAGUACGGACGUGGUCUCCUGAAAAGCAACUCGAUGAACUUAAUAGACUGGAAAAUUGGCAAGACAUGGAAGAUGGUAACUGGGAGAACCGAAUCGCAGACACACGUGUCAUGACAGAGCAUUUGUAUUCUUGA